AAACACUGGAGCUGCGCACUUCUCUAUCCUUUGCGGAAUAUUGUUGACUUUAUCCUGCAAACACAGAGGCGCCUGUGCGCCCUCAGGACUCGCCAUGGAUUUUCUGGACCACAACUACUUGAGCGCGCGUUCGCCCUACGAUUACACGUUCAACUUCUGGAACGACUACCUGGGUCUGUCAAACCUGGUAACACAGAGCAGUAAGAGCGGUUCGAGUCCCAGCCCGAACUCCAUCACCGAGUCUCUAAAAGCCACGCUGGGGCUGGAAGACUCUGCGCACUUGGACUACUGCUGCUGCUCUUCGUCCUGCUGCUCCUCAUCUUCAUCGUGCGGCUGCUGCUGCCCUCCUGCCAGCCCGCCGCCGCCUUCCCUGCUCGAGCUGAAGGAGCGCUUCUCCGGACUCGGGCCGUUCCGGAGCCCCGGCGCGACCAUCGCAGGGCACGAUUCGGGAUUCGGAUCAGGUCUUGGAGGGGGAAGCUUCUCAGCUUUCGAUGUGUUCUCGACGGACAGAAAGGUGCGCAAAUCAACUGUUGGGCGCACCAAGCAGGAACCCAAGAUCUGCGUGUUUUGUCGGAAUAAUGGCGCACCUGAAGAGGUGUACGGAUCACACGUACUGAAAGCGCCGGACGGCCGCGUGGUGUGCCCGAUCUUGCGCGCCUACACGUGCCCUCUGUGCAGUGCCAACGGGGACAACGCGCACACCAUCAAAUACUGUCCACUGUCCAAGGAGCAACCUGCACCCCGCACCCUCAAAGGAGGUCGAGCAGUGGGUGGUAAGCGGGUGAAAAUCUUCUAAAUGUAAAAAAAAAAAAAAAAAAAAAAAAAAAAAAAGAUGACCACCAAUUUCCUAAAUCACCCGCAUUUAGGCUAUUGCACUGAACCUGAUAUUUCCAGAUGACUGUUUCUUGUAGGCUAUAGGAUCUAAAAUAUCUACAUUUUUCUGUUAAAAAAGUCUUAUAUUUUUAUAGAUGCUUUAUUUCCAUAGUUUAUUGUAUAUUCAUAAACAUAUUUUCCUUUUUUCACUUUUUAGAUGUUUAUCAGUUAUAAAUCACAGUAUGUAUACAGUGAUAAUAAACAUAACAAAAAACAUAUUUGUUUAAAGCUGCAGUACAUAACUUGUGGGAAUCUGGGGAAUUGGAGGCCUCUCUGGUGAAAUUAUGGUACUGCAAGCAACCUGCAAAACAACAUUUUGUGACUAAACUGUGCUUUGAAUCUUACCUUUGAAUUAAUCUGGCACAUUUAAAGUAUCUAAGUAGCACCAACAACUGUUUUAUUGACAUGCAAACACACACACAUGCACACACACAUAUGAAAAAAAUUUUUUUACAUUUCUGCCUUUGUUUAAAUAUAUUUGACAAAAACACUAUGCAUGUUAGUAUAUAAAGUUACAUACUGCGGCUUUAAGUGGGCAUGAAUGUUGGCAUACACUGUUAAAGUAAUAUUUUUUAAAGCUGCAUUAUGUAUUUUUAAAGCAUCAUUAGUAUGCUACUAAAAACAAAUAGGAAACCAAAAUAUGGUGGCGUUCUUGUGUCAAUUUAAGUGGCUCUUAAGUGCCCCCCCCCCCCCCUUUCCUUCGCCGUCUAGUUCAAAAUAGGACCUGUGAACUCGGUCAAUACAUUUUUUAGACUUAAUGCAAGGGACUACAUACAUAGUCAUUACCUGAAUGCUAGUUAAGUCACCAUUUGCAACCAUCAAAUCAACAUAAGUAAAUAAAAACAGUAUUAAGGUAGCAAAACCUUUAUUUGCAGUACCACAUGUUUUAGUUUUCCAGACAGAUCUCCAAAUCUUUGAAUGUACUAAAGUUACACACUGCAGCUUUAAGUAAGCUAAGCUUACAUCUUGUGUUGUUUUGUAAACCAAAGUUAAGUUACUUAUCAUGAGACUGAGAAUGUCUUUUUCAUUUCCAGCCUAGAGUCUCUUGAGCCUGGUUUGAUUUAUUUGACCCAUUCCUUCUUCCCGUUAUCCACCACAUGCUUUCUUUCCCUCCCACGCUGACAUUUAAUAUGGGCCAGCAGAAAGAAAAAACAGCAACACAAUGGAGUCUCUGUUGGUCUUAGUUUAACCUCAUAAUGACUGGAUGCCCAGCCAAACCGACCUGUUAUGAGCUAGGACACAAUUUUGGGCCACUUUUUUGUUUUUAGCCAGAUCCCUUUUGAGAUGUUUUUAUUAGUCCUAUACAAGGUGCCCUGCUAAUGUUUACACCCCGAGCAAGGGGAACAAACUCGCUCACACACUGGAGAAUGUCUCAUAUGGGGACCUGUCUGGCACCAGAGCUGCCCUUCUGUACCCAAACUAUUAUUAAAAAGACUUAAUGGUCAGUGAUGGAACUGUAUGUAAUAAAUGUUCUUUUUUUUCUUUUUAAACAAUGCAUCUGCCCCAAUUUUGCAUUAUGUACAAAAAACAAAUGUUCCAAAAACGAUGCAAAAUGUUGUGAAUGUACAAUUUUUGCAGGACUGCACAUGGUUUGACCAUUAAGUGUACCAAAGGAAUUCAAUUGUAAUGAAGUAUGAAACAGAUUUGCUGUAAUGUAAAUAAAAAGUUGAUGUCUAUUCAGUAUUUUAACAUUUAAAAGUGACUUCAGAGGUGCUACCUCACACGAUUUUGUACUUAACAUGUAAAAUGUCAAUAGCAGUUUAUUAAUAUAGCGCUGCCAUUUAUAAGGGUUUUUAAUAGUAUUUUUGAUCUUUGUAUAACAUAAUUGUAUUUUUCUUUCAUUACACUCUACAUGUACAAGUGGAAUUCCAAUAAGCUCUUAGCAUUGUUUGCCAAUAGACGAUGGCUGUAUAUAAUAAUAAUAUCGUACUUUUUUUAAGUUGUUUAAUGUUACAUUUUCAAUGAUUGACAGACAGAAUGAAAUAUGUUAAAGAAUUUAGAACAUUUGCCACUUAUAACUGAGGUUUGUAAUUAAAUUAAGAGGACUAAAAAAGAAACACUGUUGAAUUUUGUUAUUUAUAUUUUGUCACAAUUCCCUGUAAGCAAAUGUGCAGAGAUGAAUAAAUUCCAUAUAGAAAUAAAACUUAUGAAAUAUU